UGUGUCUUGUGUCUUGUACUCCGUCGGCGAUGAAUCCGGCCUCCACCCAUCCAUCCGAGUCAACCAGCUCAUCUCCCUUGGCGUCGAGGUGGCAUCCAGCCCCAUCUAUCUAGUCCAACUGAUUGUUGGCGAUGGAACUCCCUCCAUGUCCAUGUGUAUUCCCAUCGCCUCGCCUCACCUCCCCUCACCUCACCUUACACCCGGGCUCCAGACCAGGAUUAGACCAGGGUCGGAAAUUACAGCCCGCCCACUCACCCACUUACUCAGUUACUCAGUUAGUUACUCGCUCAAAUCGGAGAGUAAUCCUUUUUUUUUUGAAAUCUUCCCGACACUCACUCUUACUCCUGCUGCAUGUAGCCUGCCUGCCUGCCUUGGGACAGAGUAAGUAGGUAGGGAGUACAUACGCACCAUGUUCAUCUCCUUUCGGGGUAUGGGU